GGCACGCGGCAGGCAACGCAGCCGACGAUGGGGGCCGCGGAGACCGCUGCCCGACCAUCGUCACGGAGCAGCAACGUCACCGCCGCCGCCGCCAUCGUCACCGCCAUCAUCGCCGCCAGCGUCAGCGCCGUCAGUGUGAGCGCGCAGUUCUCUCAACAAGGAAACCUGCGUCUCGUCUGCGUCUCGGCAGAAGAAAAUGAAGGCGCAGCGGCGGCGGCGCUCCCCUCGGCACGGAGCUGCUCCCCGGGCACCGGGACUCCCUCCAAAGUGCACGCGCAAGCCCAGGCGUCGAGGGACAACGCGCGGAGGCAGGAGCAGGCCAUCGUGGACCUGCAGAGCACCGUCAGGGAGCUCCUGGAGAAGCUGAGGAAGUGUGAAGAGAGAGGAGGCGGUGGUGGUGGCGGUGGUGGUGGUGGUGGUGGCGGUGGUGCUGGGAGGAUGGAAGGCGUGGACACCAUGGACCGCAAGGUGAAGGACCUGGUGCGGAGGAUGGAGAAUGUUGGCACGUCCGACACGAGCUCCCGCUCAUCGCCAUACGCAGAAGACAACGACGACGACGACGAUGACGACGAUGGCGGUGAUGGCGGGCGUGAUGGCGGCAAUGGCGGCGACGACGACGACGACGCCGUGACGGACACUGCACUUGGCGGAAAUUCCUUGGGGAAAUUUUCGGACGAAAGCGACUCGGUGCGUCUCGUGUUCAGCGCGCGCACCAACUACAUGUACGCGCGCGUGCGCUCCACGCUGCCCGAGCUGCACGCGUUCACGCUGUGCACGUGGCUCAGACGGACUGGCCUCGGCCUGGGAACGAUCCUCUCGUACGCCGUGACCGGGCAGCCCAACGAGCUGACCCUCAUGGAGGCGGGCGGAGACGGCGUCGAGGUGGUGGUCAACGACAAGGUGAUGCUCCUCCCCUUGAGAGUGCCCCGCCUCAGCUGGCACCACGUGUGCGUCACGUGGAGCGCCCGCGACGGAGCGUGGAGCAGCUUCCUCGACGGGGUCCGCACGGGCAGCGGGGACGGCCUCGCGCCCUGGAGGCCCCUCACUGGCGGCGGGGUCAUCGUGCUGGGACAGGAGCAGGACGUGUUGGGGGGCCACUUUGAUGCGACGCAGGCGUUCGUGGGGGAGCUGACCCAGCUGGGGGUGUGGGCCGUGGCGCUGUCGCCCCAGGCGGUGACGUCACUCGCCUUCUGCGUGCCCGCGGAGACGCCCGCCCGGGUGCUCGCGUGGACACGCAGGGGACUCGAGGUCAGGGGGGGUCGUGGGAUCCUGCGGGAGGGGCCCGCGUGCCCCCUCGAGCAGUGA